GUUUCGGAGGAUCGCUCAAGUUAAAUGGUCGAAAAAGGUUCACUUCCUAAUAUUUUGUACACUGAUCUAUCUCAAGCUUUCAAGCAUAUUGACAAGGAUGGAGAUGGAAUUUUGGGUGUGGAAGAUAUAUCCUACUUGCUUACAACGCUUGGUAUAGCUUGUAGUGUGGACAGUAUUUCAGCAGUUGUUGAUGGUUUAUCGGAUCAUGGGGGUUCUAUAAGGUUUUCACAAUUUGUCGAACUUCUAGGUCAUGCUCUGGACAAUCUUGGAGAGAAUCAACCGGUUAAGACACUCUUUCGAAUUGUUGAUCGUAAUGGUGAUGGUUAUUUGGAUUCUGAUGAAAUAGCAUUUCGUAUGUCGAAAAUAUUUAAUAAAACUAGUCGAGAAGAAGUUCAACUUUUAUUGGAUACAAUAAAAAUCGAUGAUGAUCAGCGAUUAGAUUGUGAAGAAUUUGGUGCUCUUUUAAAAUUUGGAUUCCCGGAAGCAAGAAAUUGAUUAAGAAAAGAAAAUUAUUAUAGUUUUAUCUUUAAAAUGUUGUAUUUAUUAUUUUGAUUGUUAA